CCUUCCCGAGAGGCCCCUCACUGCUCGCGUCCGGCCGCAGCCGCCCAUGCAGGGAAAGGAGGAGACGCGGCAACAGUAUAAAAUAGAAGAUGCUGGUAUAAUGUUUGUAACUGAAAAGAAAGAAGAAAGCAAAUAUGAGAAAAAACCUGGAAAAAAUAUACAACAUUCAAAACCAUGUAUUGGGAGAGGACGUGUAUGUUACGCUAAAUUCAUUAACACAAAUUCAAGAACACUGAAUGAACCAGUUCCCUACAUAGAUCCCAAAAAAGGGCAAGAAAAUCAGGGUGACUGGUGGUCACAUGGUAAAGAACUGAAACUUCCCUUCCAGCCACCUUACGACACUAAGAGCACCCAGAGGAGUGACUUCCAAAAACCAACAUGUCCAUUGGUUUUGCCAGUCAGACACAGCAAGUUGCAAAAACCCUCUUGUGGAAUAGUUCCGCUUGCCUCUCCUGAUGCAUCAGCAGAACUUCAAAAGAAUUUUAUCGAGCGCAUCUCUUUUACACAUCACUAUGAUGCCAGGAAAACACCCAAUGAGCCCAUAAAGGGAAAGCGACAAGGAAUUUUUAUACAGACAGAGAUAAAACCAGGGAGUAGACCAACAGUUCCUAAAGGACCAGAGGUAUUACUGAAUGCUCCAGGGUCACGCUCAUCAGAACAGGCCAAAAAAACAGAGAAAGGAAACGCAGCGGAAAGUAAAAUGAUAUCACCCCAACUCUGCCAACAGAAUUCCCAAGAACUGAUAGAGACUAAAACUCACUUAUCAGAAACAGAUGUCAAAGAGGCCACUAAGGCAUGCCCCCGGAGUCCUGAGAGAAGGGAGAAGAUAGCAGAAGUCUUUCAAACCACCGCAGAGGAUGCUCUGCUCACCAGGCACCGUCCUUUAAAUCCACCAGUGAAAAGUCAGGAUAAAUCAGGGUAAAUUAACUUUUUCAGAUAAAAAAACAUGAUCCGGGCCUCCCCUGGUGGCGCAGCAGUUGAGCACUGGGCUGCGAGGCUGCCCACAGCCUCUGCAGCGCCGGUUCAUUCCCCGGCCGCCGGCGAGGGUCCCACAAAAAUAAAUAAAUAAAUAAAUAAAAAACAUGAUUCCUGGAAUAUAGGGAUAUAUGGAACUCUAAGAAUUGUCAUAUAAACCCUCACACUUGCUUUUUCUGUUACCAUUAACAUCAGAACUAACAAUUUAAAUAAAUAGAAAAAUAAAAAUAAAAUAUUCCAAAAUUUUAAGAGUGGUCUCCAACAAGUGAUGGGU